AUGGUCGUGGAUACGGUCUCCCGAGUCCUUACCCCGGCCUCCGCCACCUCGCUCAACCACGAAACUAGCCGCGAUGCUGUGAGCUCUCGAAAGAGAAAACGGGAUUCGAGCGCCAUGGAGGAUCUCCUGAAACCUUCAAUAGUUCUCAAGGGCCAGCCACAUCCCCCAAAACUCCUCGCCAAGAAUGCCGUCCUCCAACCCUUGAUGAUUCUGCCCCGCAGCGAUUUACCUCUCUCUUACCUCGAUCUUAUUUCCUCAUGUGGCGAUCUUACACCAAGCCGCUUCUAUGAAUCCCAUGUCAGGAUUCUCGAUCUCGAAAAUCGUCGCGUUUCCACCUUGCCGACGCUCGGUGAGGGUACCAUGACCCCGCCUAGAACAUCCGCCGAGGCUCCAGGCCACAGCCCACGAGACUCUCUGAGGCCGUCACUCUCAACUCUUGGCGGUGAUUCCUUUGCGUCGUCUCAGCUACUUCCCGCUUCUCCGGCACCUCCAUGCUCUCUUCCACCUCCUCCGCCCUCCGGCGAGGAGCUCCUCGAGAACAUCCGAACCCAGUAUUUGGACGCCCUAUAUCGAUCAAAGGGAUCAUUAGCGUACUUUCCAAAGGCCCUCUCUCACGCGCGCGAGCAGAUUGUCCGGUCGUGGUGGCUGUCCAGCAAACCGGAUCUCACCGAGGGUGAAGCGGCCAUAUCGGAAUCCCAAAUCAAGUCUUACAUCUCUCUUCUGAGGUCGCGAGAGACCCAACUGCAGCUUAUCCUUGUCCUCGAAACCCUUGCCCUCGAACCACUCGUUGCUACGGUGGAAACAUCGGAGACUCAGCUUCCCGGAUUGCAAAUGUCGAUCGAAGCAGAGGAACCCAAGAAGAAGAAGGGCAAAGAACAAAACUUUAUAGACUUGGCCGAGAUGCAUGCCGAUUUGUUGUGCAUCUGGCAGUCCACUAUCUCUGACGAGAUUCGACUGUUGCAAGAUACGCAAAUCCCGGACCAGGUAAGGGAGGGCCAGCAAGUUCAGAAAGCCUCGUCCGAGCCUAUGAAAGACUUUUGUGUGGAUAUCAUUAUGCCAUUCUUCUCGGCGCGGCUCCCGGAACUUUGCGAUUCACUCAACAGAACGCUUGGCGGACCCAUCAUUCUCGCCUCUCCUCCCAAGUCCUCAAAGCCCACAAAGCCGAAGUCGGUCGCCACCAAGCAACCAAAGCCCGGUGCUGUUGCUAAGCGACCAUUGUUGGCGAAGGAUGCUCGGUCACUGCAGCGGGCAUUCUCUAACGAUCAACUCCAGCGGGACCGACGGAGUAUGUCCAGAGGUCCCAGCAGGGCCGUUGCGGCUCUUCUUUCUGCGACGGAAACGGCUAUCCCCGGCCUCAAGACAGAAACAAGCGACUCGCACUUGUUAAUGAAUAUUCCAAGAAUCAAAUCUGACUGUGGGCUCUUCAAAUCUGCCAGAGCGGGAUCUCUGUCGGGCAGCAAUAGCGUUUCAGGCGAUGAUCCGAAGGUCAAGAAGAAGGCCAUGGUCGAAGCAGAGCUCCAAGAUGCAAUCGCCGCACUAAGGAAGCCGAACAGACAGCUCGCAGGCGCUUCAGUCAUGGCGGCGGCCGAGAAGAGAGUUACCGGGAGCUUGUCACAAACGAGGAAAUCAAAGAAGCCAGUCCGCCAUACUCCAAGUGACCAGGUCAAGAUCAAGGCGACGCCGCUUCACAGCAGGAAGAGCUUCAGGGACGCGCUGCAGAGCAGCGUCUCACCGGCAUUCGACGCCAUUGGCUCAACACCUGCACGAACUUCCAGAGUAGAUAUGCUUGAUGCAACUCCGAUAGCGCCAACGAGCGCUAUAGCAUCAACGCCAGUGCGGCGGACGGUGAGCUCGGCUCCUGAACACGGAGAAGAGCAGAGCAUCCUACAGUCCUCACCUCUGAUGCCGCGACGAGCGGCGCCGAGCCAGCACCUCACCGUCCCUGGAACGGGGUCAUCCCGGUCGGCGGACCUCAGCGGCAUCCGAAGCCUAAAGGACAUAUUCCGCACCCCCGUGAAACCAAAGGCAAGCCUACCCCAAACCGUGGAGGCCAAGGCCAAUGAGAAGCCCGCUGCGGCUGAAAAGAUGUCGGUAUAUGAGAGGUUGGGAUGGGAUAAUGAGUUUGACGACUUAUGA